UUGCCGUCAAAAAGAAUUCAUUUAUCAGCUGUCGAAAUGUCGGCCUCUUUUAACUUAAAUCAGUUUUCCUAUUGCCCCUCCCUAGCUGCUGUUGCCACCACGGCCUUUGUAUAAACGUUUUGAUUCUCAAAUUCUGUAAAAACCGAUUUCGAUCAAACAAGGGAAAGGAAGUGACAGAUGGAUUCUCCGUCUGCGGCACCGCCUCAGCCUGCUGCAACCUCCACCUCCGCCCCACCGCCAACGGAGACUGCGGCGAAGCGGGAUGAGCGCGAGAAGGAGAUGAUGCACCGGACAAAAGUGAUACAGUUUUUGGGGAGGACGGCCCCUAUUAUUCUUCAAAACGACAACGGCCCCUGCCCUCUCCUCGCUAUCUGUAAUGUACUUUCGCUUAAGAACAGUUUGAAUUUGAGCCCUGACAUUCCAGAGGUUUCGCAGGAGAAAUUGCUGUCUCUUGUUGCUGAGCGUUUGAUUGAUUCAAACAGUAACAUUGACAACAAAGACUCUGGCUAUGUUGAAAAUCAGCAACAGAAUAUUGCUGAUGCAAUUGAUUUACUUCCUAGACUUACAACUGGCAUAGAUGUGAAUAUAAAAUUCAGAAGAAUUGAUGAUUUUGAGUUUACAAGAGAAUGUGCUAUCUUUGAUUUAUUGGAUAUUCCACUUUAUCAUGGAUGGAUUGUUGACCCGCAGGAUCACGAAACUGCUGAAGCUAUUGGUUCAAAAUCAUAUAACACCCUCAUGGGGGAGCUUGUUUCGUUAGAAACACAUAUGGAAAUUAAGCAGAAAAAGAGUCCAGAUGAUGAUGAUGUCGAUUUUGUUGCUGCAACAACUGCAGCUCUUGGAGUACCUUCUCCUAGUCUUUCAAGAGGUCAGUCCUUUGAUGAGUGCUCCCCUAAAGCAAGAAAAGGGGACAUAGAAGAAGAAGCAGAACUCUUAAGAGUCUUGAAAUUGUCGGAGGUGGAAAGGGACAAUAUAUCAGUGGGCGGUGAAGGUCCUGAUGUUAACAUCCAUGAAAGUGCAUUUGUCAAGAAGUCUGAACUGCCAACUUGUUUGGGAAAUAGUGAAAAAGAAGCUACCAACGGAACUGUGGAAACUGAAACAGUUGCUUUCACUGGUGGAGAUGUUCAGAGCAAUAUCCAGGUCGAUCUAAGUACCCCAAAUGUAGCUUCACAAGAAGUCGAAUGUUCUUUCCCAAAGGAUGAUCAGGAAAAGAUACAAAACCCAUCUCCCUAUGAUGAAUCCAAGAAACCCGAUGACAUAGCAGUUGCUAAAGAUACUGAGACCGAUAAUAGAAAGGUUCAACCAGUGUCUCUUGAGCAUCAUUUUCCAUCUGCUUCAAACAGCUCUGGAGAUAAAUUAAGUGAUGAACAUGGGGGUGUUGAAUAUGCUACUACCUCUGUCCAAGAUGAACCAAGAGAUGAUCAAAAUGUUAGAAAAGCAGCAGAUAUGUCUCAUAUAUUGAAUACUGCUGUUGAUUCAAAUUCAUCCAAUGGCCAAGUACAUCCCGGUGAUGAACCCAAACCUUUCUCUACCAGUGUUGAUGGAAGUGAGCCGAUUUAUGAAGGGGAGGAGUGCAUAUUAGACUCAGGGAUUGUAGCUCAUGAAAAUCGAGAACCUGUUUAUGAAGGUGAGGUGGUUAUUGCGGAACAAGGGGAUAUUGGUCGUAUCGAUGAAAAUGGACUUACUAACCAGGAAACCUUAUCUGUUAAACAAGGUGAAAUAAUCAGGAACUUUAUGAAGAUCAGUGCUAGUCAGUUGACAUUAUAUGGCCUAUUUUGCUUGCAAGACAAAGUGAAGGAACGUGAACUUUGUGUGUUUUUCAGGAAUAAUCAUUUCAACACAAUGUUCAAGUAUGAAGGUCAGUUGUACAUCUUAGCAACAGAUCAAGGCUACAGCAAUCAGGCAGAUUUGGUUUGGGAAAAGCUUAACGAGGUGAAUGGCAAUACUGUAUACAUGACGAGUAGCUUUAAGGAAUUCAAGAUGGAUGACCAUUCCAAUGCAACAUGGGAUGAACAGAAUGCCAUGGCAUGCACUGCAGACUAUCUAGCUGGCAUGGAUAAUGAUCAAGCAUAUUCAAGUUUCAAUUCCGAUUUGCAAUUGGCGAUGGCUCUUCAACAACAGGAAUACGAGCAGCAGCAGCAGCAGCAGCAGCAACAACAACAGCAGCAGCAGCAGCGGAACAUGCAGCAGACAGCCAUUGGUGGAGCUUCAAAGCUGGUUGUUGGUCCUCAAGUUUCUUCGCGCAAGUACACGAACACAAGCACUAGUUCCUCAUCAAAGCAGGAUUCAAAAUCAAAAGAGAAGUGCACUCUAAUGUGAUGGUGCCUGCAGUUUCCUAAAUUGUGAUUCAGUAUAUAUAAUCUCUCUCUGUAAUUCGACUAACCAUUACACCCUUACUUCAACUUUUCGUUUUGUUGUAGAUACAAACCACAUUUUUCUUUCUGUUCCAACAAUAAAAUAAAACUCUCUCUGGACUA